GUAUAUAUCUCCGCGCACCCCGCCAGGUCGCGCACAGCGCCCCGAGCCCAGGCGCCUCCCCGCCCCCCCCUCCCCGCGCCCCGCGGCGGCGGCGGCGGCAGCAGGAGCUGCAACAUGGCUGUGGAUGGGUGUUCGGGGUGGCGCCGGCGGCGGGUGGAGCUCCCCCGAGCCCCUGCGCCCGCUGCCCGCUGCUAGCUAUGGCAAAUGGUGGCGGCGGCGGCGGCGGCGGAGGCAGCGGUCUUAGAAUGAGCAGCAAUAUCCACGCGAACCAUCUCAGCCUAGACGCGUCCUCCUCCUCCUCCUCUUCCUCUUCCUCCUCCUCUUCUUCUUCGUCCUCGGUCCACGAGCCCAAGAUGAAUGCGCUCAUCAUCCCGGUGACCAUGGAGGUGCCGUGCGACAGCCGGGGCCAGCGCAUGUGGUGGGCUUUUCUGGCCUCUUCCAUGGUGACUUUCUUCGGGGGCCUCUUCAUCAUCCUGCUCUGGCGGACGCUCAAGUACCUGUGGACCGUGUGCUGCCACUGCGGGGGCAAGGCGAAGGAGGCCCAGAAGAUUAACAAUGGCUCCAGCCAGGCUGAUGGCACUCUCAAGCCCGCGGACGAGAAAGAGGAGGUGGUGGCAGCCGAGGUCGGCUGGAUGACCUCCGUGAAGGACUGGGCGGGGGUGAUGAUCUCUGCCCAGACACUGACCGGCCGAGUCCUGGUUGUGUUAGUCUUUGCUCUCAGCAUUGGUGCACUUGUAAUAUACUUCAUAGAUUCGUCAAACCCAAUAGAAUCCUGCCAGAAUUUCUACAAAGAUUUCACAUUACAGAUCGACAUGGCUUUCAACGUGUUCUUCCUUCUCUACUUUGGCUUGCGGUUUAUUGCAGCCAACGACAAGCUGUGGUUCUGGCUGGAGGUGAACUCUGUGGUGGAUUUCUUCACGGUCCCCCCUGUGUUUGUGUCUGUGUACUUAAACAGAAGUUGGCUUGGUUUGAGAUUUUUAAGAGCUCUCAGACUGAUCCAGUUUUCAGAAAUUUUGCAGUUUCUGAAUAUCCUUAAGACGAGUAAUUCCAUCAAGCUGGUGAAUCUGCUCUCCAUCUUUAUCAGCACGUGGCUCACCGCAGCCGGGUUCAUCCAUUUGGUGGAGAAUUCAGGGGACCCAUGGGAAAAUUUCCAAAACCACCAGGCGCUUACGUACUGGGAAUGUGUCUACUUGCUCAUGGUUACCAUGUCCACUGUUGGCUACGGGGAUGUUUAUGCGAAAACCACGCUGGGGCGCCUCUUCAUGGUCUUCUUCAUCCUCGGGGGACUGGCCAUGUUUGCCAGCUACGUCCCUGAAAUCAUAGAGUUAAUAGGAAACCGCAAGAAAUACGGGGGCUCCUAUAGUGCGGUUAGUGGAAGAAAGCACAUUGUGGUCUGUGGACACAUCACUCUGGAGAGUGUCUCCAAUUUCCUGAAAGACUUCCUGCACAAGGACCGGGACGAUGUCAACGUGGAGAUCGUCUUUCUUCACAACAUUUCCCCCAACCUGGAGCUGGAAGCUCUAUUCAAACGACAUUUUACUCAGGUGGAAUUUUAUCAGGGUUCAGUCCUCAACCCACAUGAUCUUGCGAGAGUCAAGAUAGAGUCAGCAGAUGCGUGCCUCAUCCUUGCCAAUAAGUACUGCGCAGACCCUGAUGCUGAAGAUGCCUCCAACAUCAUGAGAGUGAUCUCCAUAAAGAACUACCACCCGAAGAUAAGAAUCAUCACUCAGAUGCUGCAGUAUCACAACAAGGCCCAUCUGCUAAACAUCCCGAGCUGGAACUGGAAGGAGGGUGAUGAUGCAAUCUGCCUCGCAGAGCUGAAGCUGGGGUUCAUAGCCCAGAGCUGCCUGGCCCAGGGCCUCUCCACCAUGCUCGCCAACCUCUUCUCCAUGAGGUCAUUCAUAAAGAUUGAGGAAGACACAUGGCAGAAAUACUACUUGGAAGGAGUCUCCAAUGAAAUGUACACAGAAUAUCUCUCCAGUGCCUUCGUGGGUCUGUCCUUCCCUACUGUUUGUGAGCUGUGUUUUGUGAAGCUCAAGCUCCUAAUGAUAGCCAUUGAGUACAAGUCCGCCAACCGAGAGAGCCGAAGCCGAAAGCGUAUAUUAAUUAAUCCUGGAAACCAUCUUAAGAUCCAAGAAGGUACUUUAGGAUUUUUCAUCGCAAGUGAUGCCAAAGAAGUUAAAAGGGCAUUUUUUUACUGCAAGGCCUGUCACGAUGACAUCACAGAUCCCAAAAGGAUAAAAAAAUGCGGCUGCAAACGGCCCAAGAUGUCCAUCUACAAGAGAAUGAGACGGGCAUGUUGUUUUGAUUGCGGACGUUCUGAGCGUGACUGCUCAUGCAUGUCAGGCCGUGUGCGUGGUGACGUGGACACCCGUGAGCGAGCCUUCCCACUCUCUUCUGUCUCUGUUAAUGAUUGCUCCACCAAUUUCCGUGCCUUUGAAGAUGAGCAGCCCUCGACGCUGUCACCCAAAAAAAAGCAGCGGAAUGGAGGCAUGCGGAACUCCCCCGGCUCCUCGCCCAAGCUGAUGAGGCAUGACCCCUUGUUAAUUCCCGGCAAUGAUCAGAUCGACAACAUGGACUCCAACGUGAAGAAGUACGACUCUACUGGGAUGUUUCACUGGUGCGCUCCCAAGGAGAUAGAGAAAGUCAUCCUGACUCGAAGUGAAGCCGCCAUGACUGUCCUGAGUGGCCACGUGGUGGUCUGCAUCUUUGGCGAUGUCAGCUCAGCCCUGAUUGGCCUCCGGAACCUGGUGAUGCCACUCCGCGCCAGCAACUUUCAUUACCAUGAGCUCAAGCACAUCGUGUUCGUGGGCUCCAUUGAGUACCUCAAGCGGGAAUGGGAGACGCUUCACAACUUCCCCAAAGUGUCCAUAUUGCCUGGUACGCCAUUAAGUCGGGCUGAUUUAAGGGCCGUCAACAUCAACCUCUGUGACAUGUGCGUUAUCCUGUCAGCCAAUCAGAAUAAUAUUGAUGAUACUUCGCUGCAGGACAAGGAAUGCAUCUUGGCGUCACUCAACAUCAAAUCUAUGCAGUUUGAUGACAGCAUCGGGGUCUUGCAGGCGAAUUCCCAAGGGUUCACACCUCCGGGAAUGGACAGAACCUCGCCGGACAACAGCCCAGUGCAUGGGAUGUUGCGUCAGCCAUCCAUCACAACUGGGGUCAACAUCCCCAUCAUCACUGAACUAGCUAAACCUGGCAAGUUGCCUUUGGUAUCAGUCAAUCAGGAAAAAAACAGUGGGACGCACAUUCUAAUGAUAACUGAACUGGUGAAUGAUACUAAUGUUCAGUUUCUGGACCAAGACGAUGAUGAUGAUCCGGACACAGAACUGUACCUCACGCAGCCAUUUGCCUGUGGGACAGCAUUUGCUGUCAGCGUCCUGGACUCUCUCAUGAGUGCGACAUACUUCAACGACAACAUCCUCACCCUGAUCCGGACCCUGGUGACAGGAGGAGCCACGCCAGAGCUCGAGGCUCUGAUCGCAGAGGAGAAUGCACUCCGAGGGGGCUACAGCACCCCCCAGACGCUGGCCAACAGGGACCGCUGCCGCGUGGCCCAGCUGGCGCUGUUGGAUGGACCCUUUGCGGACUUGGGGGAUGGUGGUUGUUAUGGUGAUCUGUUCUGCAAAGCUCUGAAAACGUACAACAUGCUUUGUUUUGGAAUUUACCGGCUGAGAGAUGCUCACCUCAGCACCCCCAGCCAGUGCACAAAGAGGUAUGUCAUCACCAACCCCCCGUACGAGUUUGAGCUCGUGCCGACGGACCUGAUCUUCUGCUUAAUGCAGUUUGACCACAACGCCGGCCAGUCCCGGGCCAGCCUCUCCCAUUCCUCCCACUCGUCCCAGUCCUCCAGCAAGAAGAGCUCCUCCGUUCACUCCAUCCCGUCCACAGCAAACCGACCGAACCGGCCCAAGUCCCGGGAGUCCCGAGACAAACAGAAUGCAACAAGGAUGAAUAGAAUGGGCCAAGCAGAAAAGAAAUGGUUUACAGAUGAACCGGAUAAUGCCUAUCCCAGAAACAUUCAAAUCAAGCCCAUGAGUACCCACAUGGCUAACCAGAUCAACCAAUAUAAAUCCACAAGCAGCUUGAUUCCACCAAUCAGAGAAGUUGAAGAUGAAUGUUGACUCCCAGGAGACCAGAACUAUUUUUUUAAAGCCUGACAAACUUCAUAAAUGGUGAUGUGACUUUUCUUCCUCUUACACACUGAAUCACUGGUGGAAACCUUAGGAUAAGCGAGAUUUGCAAGAAAGAUAAAGUAGACAGAUCUUUCUCUUUGUCUGCCUUGAAUAUUGCUUCCAUGCAUUUUGGAGAAGAAAACGAUUUCAUUUAUAAAUGAAUAUACCGUACUAAAAUAGUCAUGUAUAGCCUCUAGCAUUUUAAAUUAUUUUUAUUUAUUAGAAAGAAAAUAUAUUUUUUCUUUUCUUUUUUUCAUUGUCAAAUAUCUUCCCAAGAUCUAUACAAUGCAAAAUCAAAAUGAAUAUGUGGCCAGACUCCUUAAUGCGUAUUUCUCUUCUUUCUCUCUUUUUCUUUGGGGAGAAUGAUGGUCACCACCACGAUUAAUUUUAAUGAGAGGAAAUGGAUUAUUUAAAAAAAUAACUUUUAAUGGUUCAAUGAUGUAAACAUGUAUUUUAGUAAAUUCAAAAAAAAAGAUGAAAGGGGACAGGUGAAUUCCCUGGAUGGGUGUGUACUUUGGCUGCACUGACACCAGCUCUUAAUAAAUGGAAACGUUUAUUUUCACAGUUGAAAGUCAUAUUUUUGUAGUUUUAGUUUUCCUUCUGUAUUUCUUAUCCCUUCGUUCAUAUACUUAAAAGAGAAAACCUUCUCGCAGCUUUUCUACAAUUGCCAGGUCAGAUUCAGCCAGCCAUUGGCAGCCCGGAGCGUGGUGAGCACGCUGGCAUGUGGACACUGAGGGCCAGAUGCACAGGAGAAGUGGCUCUGCCUAUUGUCCUAGUGGUGGGGACUCCUCAGCUGUUAGCUUCUCACUUCAUAGCUCGGAACCACCCUCGCAAGUGAUUUCAACCAUGAAAGCGUCUAGGGAGGCUUUCCCCAUGCCCCAAUUCUCAGAGAUUUUAGCCUGAAAGUUUGUAAACACUAAUGAAUCAUUUUGUAGGAUGUAAUACUACAUUCAUUCUUUUCACUGAAUUUUUGUUUGAAAGCCAGAUAUUUUCUAUAACCAAGGAGAUGACUUUUGCCAGAUUUUAGCUCUUUGGGCUUGCUUUCAGUCGCUGGGACAAAAACCUACAAACUUGCUAUAGCAAUGUGAAAAUUAGUAACAAAAGGAAAGCAAUGAAUGCACUUACAAUGGACUGUUGGGAAGGGCCUUUGAAAUUUACCAGCAAUGAAAUCAAAUGUAUGAGCCACUUCAAACUGUGGUCAAAACUCAUUCUAGCCACCAGACACAAUCCCCACAUCCCGGAGCCCUGCUGUCGUUUGCAUGCCCAUUGUACAGUGGUCCCGGCAGCUGUUUUAUUCCAAACGACGGAGCAAGUCUUUUAAUUUCAAAAUUAUCCAUCUUUGAUACAGUCAGCAGGGUCUCUGGAAAAGCAUGGAUAUGAUAGUGAUUUUUUAUUUUCCUUGAAAAUGUAAACUGUGGACACUUGAAGAAACCAAACUUACCAAAAUACCCCCGCAAAGUCCCAUACUAUCUAUCCCAUUAAUUCUUUAGGCCAUGACCCUGUGGUACUAGUGCGUUAGUGCAAAUCUGAUCAGAGGCAAGCCAUGCGGUCACCAUGAAAACUUAGGCCCACUAAGUCCUCCAGUUACAACAUAGGCAACACGAGCUUCCGCUUCUGUCCACUCCCUGCGGAGCCAACGUCCUCGUGCUUGUAGGCGCCGUCCUGAAGUGACUUGUCAGACUGUGUCGUCACAUUCUGUAGCCUUAGCUCUAUAAAAGUAUUGUGAAUAUAAUGUAUGUCCAAUUGGGUUGUUUAAAAACUACUUAUAACCAAUCGCUAGCCUACUCAGCAGACUAAAAUGACUUCAGCAGUCCCUAUCAGGCUUCUAGGCAUCUCCUGGUUUCCAUUGUGGGGCGGAUCUCUCUCUGGCUGGGAUUUGACAGCUUCCCCGGGAGCCGGGCCUCCUUUUGCACAUGAUUUUGCAUUGGACUCUCUCAGCACAUUCACACCAAGCCACGCUCUUCUUUCCUUCAUGAACCCUGGUGGACUCUUCCCCACUCAUGUUCCUGACAAUCCUUUCUGAAUUUGUCCUGUUUGCUCUCCUCCGGUGGGUGAUGGUGGCCACCUAAAGACCUCAGAGGAACUUAGGCCCCUGAGCCCCCUGCCCACUGCCCUCUCCUCCUCCGGCCACACCAGUCAGUCUGAAAGCAGUAAACUCCCUGCCCAUCGUGGCCAGAGACUGGAAUCUGAACUUUUUUUAUUUUUUUUUUAACUAAAAAGCUAAGAUGGUUUUCUACAGCAAAGGAGUCCCCCCCAAACACUAAUUAGUGGGAAUCAGUUUUCUUCUAAGGUGGAGCAGGAAGCUCAAGCUGUUUGCCUUGGAAAUAAUGAAUUGGCCAGAAGAAAAAAGCAGGCAUGUGUUUGAGGAGGUGUGCAAAAUGAUUGGUUGGUCACUCCUUAGACAAAAGCUGCUUCCUGGUAGGCUGGAAGUGAAAUGGAAACAGAAGCAAGACUGUAGGGUCCCCGAAGGGCUCCAGGAAACCAGAGCUUCCAGGCUUGUUUCUGUUCCCUGAACCCUCUGUCCCGGAGGGUGUGCUCAUUCCACCUACCAGGGCAAAAAUUUAUCUUUAUGGAUAAAUUCAGGAUAGAGCAAUGAUGGUCAUCAUUGGUACAGUCAGUGUCAUAAGGCUCUGUCUGACCUGCCAUCCAAGCUUGCGGUUCAGAAAUGCUGUUUUACCAAACUAAAGAUUCUUGCGUGCUUUGGAAAUCAAAGGCUCACCAACAGGCUAUUUAUAAAAACAGGAAGCACCUACUUAUAAAGGCAUCAUCACCUUCAUCAUCUUUCUUUCUAGGAAUGCUUUCACUUUGGUCUGAGAAAUUUUAUAUUUUAAAACAUCACCUUGAACCAAUAGAAAACAUCUUAAGUAAAAGUGAUUGUGACUAAGGCAUGUGGGGGGAACACUCAGACCUCUUUCCUUUGAAAGACUGGGGCAUCUAAUGAUGUACUUUGUACAGAAUGUAACUGAAGACUUGAAAUUAACUGAAAAUUCAAACUGUUUGAGAUUGGAAAGGGGGGAAGUGAAAAGGCAUAAGAAAAUUGGGCAUAUUUUCAUGUGAAAAGGCGAGAGUCCAACUUUCCUACUAAUGGUUUAAUUGAGGAUUCUAGAGCUACAUUUGCUAGUAGAUGGGUUAUGAAAAUGUCCUUGAGCUCUCUGAGUCUCAGUGACCGCUCUGUAAAUGAGAGUGAUUCAUCUCGAUGACCCUAAUGUCCCUUUCAGAGCUAAGGGAAUAGGAUCUGAGCUAGGAGUGGGAGCGUGGGACCCAGACUUCGGGGACAACCUGUGUUCUGGGCUGUCAGGAUGGUCCUCCUCGCUGCAUCUCCCAGGCAGCACUCCUGAGGGAACUGUGCACUUUCUGCUCUGGGCACACAGCAGUUAAGUUCAUUCUUUACACUUUACAGUCUCUUAAGGCUCAAAACACAAAUUUCAAAAUUUAAAUACUCCUGGAACACACUGGUUAGAUUUUCUGUGUGUUCCUAAGGUUUUCUUUGCAAUCUCAUUCCUGCUUGCCUUUUUUUUCUUGGCUCAAGGUUCAGUUUUGGUCAAUCCCUCCAUUUCUAAUCCGUAUCUCCAAUUUCCAAUAUGUAGUUAUAGGCUCAUGAAUACUGGAUUUCUGAAGUUUUCUUCAGUUUUUAUUUCUACAUGGGUAUCUGGGCUUUAGGAAGUAAUUAGUUUUACUUCUCAUUUUAUUCCAUAUUCUCUGUUUAUUUGAUUUUUUUCUUCCAUUAGUACACUAGCUAUCUCUUUGCUACUUGCAUUAAUAAGUCUAAUUUCAAUAUAUAAUUCUUCAUUGUGAAAGAGAACCUCGGUGAAGGAAACAAGAAAGGAAGGGGUAAAAAGAAGAGAUUAGAACAAGAGAGAAAAAUAAAAAGAACACCAAACCAAAUGACUGAGAUGUGAACUUCUUACUCAUAGGAGUUGGAAUCUAUUCAACUUGGACAUGGGGUUCCAGUCAGAAUCUGCUUACUUUCUCUUCUGUCUAUGUUAUAUUCUGUUCUUAUUUGCUGCCUUUGCAGUGGUGGUAAAAUGACCAAUCAUCAGACCUCAGGAAAGGGCCUUUACUAUUUAGGAUUUUUAACUCAUCCUCUUUUAAAUACAGAAGGAAAUGAGAAUUCACUUACAACUCACCUGGCAAAUUCCCUUUGUGUCCCUUUUUCACUCGGCCCAUUUUUUUUUUCCAUUUAGAACAGGUGAAUUAACAUUUAGAUCCCAUGUUAAUUGGAGGAAGCGAGGUAGCCCUUUGGGUUUAUUUAUGAAAAAGUAGUAAUUAGAAAUGAUUUCUAGCUGGUUUGUAUUGGCGUGGCCAUAUUGGUUAUUUAGGCGAAGUCUGUUUUGAUUGGUAGUUCCCCUUGCUGUACCAGUUGUUAAUAUUUUAAAAAUCUCCAUACAACAAUUCAAAUACUUUAAUCUUAUUUCCCAAGGAACUGCAGAGCCUAAUUUGCCAUUCCUAUGAUAAGCUUGCUUGGAACAUGUACAGAGAGAAAUGAGGCCACAUGCCCGAAGCAGCAGCCCUUUGUCCCUACAACAGUCAAAGGCUUCCUGAUAUCACAGCCUUACAGGGUUAGACUGAGAGGCAAUUUUCAGAUAGGCUAUCUGUACCAGACCUUCCUUUUUUGCCUUUUUCUUUUUUAUUUUUAUUUUAUUUUUUGGAAGAAAAUUGGCCUGAGACUUCCAUAUCUAGAGAUAAUCCAAGCUCAAGACAUUCAUCAAGGAGGUAGGAAGAAAGAAC